AUGUACAGUUUACGAUCGUUGACUUUUACAACAUCAAAAGGGAGAACCUCAUCAAUUGGAACAGCUACUGGUACCAAGUUCGUGCUGCAGAGUGAAGGCAAUGCUAUUGUUGGGCUCCAUGGAAGGGUUGGUGCUUGUGUUGAUAGUAUUGGUGCAUAUUACGCUCCGUUUUCUCCUUCUCUUCCUCCUCCAAAGAAACUAGAGGCACAAGGUGGUCAGGGAGGAAAAUCUUGGGACGAUGGUGCGUUCCUAAAUGUGAAGAAGAUAUAUGUAGGCCACAGCGAAAAUGGUAUCGUCUCCGUUAAGUUUGAGUACGAGAACGACGCCAGUGAAGUGGUUGUGGGAGAUGAACAUGGAAAGCAGACAUUGCUUGGAUACAACGAGUUCGAGCUGGAUUAUCCGAGUGAAUACAUCACAUCAGUGGAAGGUUGUCACAAUAAAUUUAUGGGAGCUGAAACUGGAGUUAUAACCAUGCUUAAGUUCAAGACAAACAAACGCACAUCUCCACCCUUUGGACUCGAAAGUGCUUCAAACUUUGUCCUCCAGAAAGAAGGUCACAAGAUCACCGGGUUCCAUGGAAAAUCCAGUAAUAUGCUUCAUCAGAUUGGGGUCCAUGUCAUUUUCAUCACCGAGUGA